AUGUUGCGAGGGGGGAAUGGAGCGGUGCGAAGUCGGAAGGCCUACGCAAAACACAAGCGAGAAGCAAGAAGACUGUCGGAGGGAAAUGUGCGCAGGGUGAUGGGGGAAGCACAGACUCGAGGAGGCGCGCAUGAUGAGGCAGCAUUCCGCCUGAAGGAUGACAUCCGUACGCUGCUCUUCGAACUCCUUCCACAAGCACUUGGCUCCCGCCUGUGUACCCGUCCACUUUGCACGUGUACGCACGAUUUUAGACUGGCGUGUCGCAUCAAUUGUUCACCUUUAGAACUAUCAGCUAACUAUGGGGCGUCGGCGGCGCGGCGCGUGGAGGGCGUGGCGGCGCUGCGGCGGGCGCUGGCGGCGCUGGGGGGCGCCUCGGCCAGCGCGCGCGGCGCCGCCUUCCUGGCCGUGCUGGCCGCCUCGCAGACCGCGCCCCGGCGGCGCUCCGCCGUGCUGCUCUUCACCGGCCGGCCCUCCGCCGACGAGAGCUACGGCGCGCUAGCCUCGCAGGAGCUCGUCAACCGCGGAUGCAGGAAAAACAGCCAGGCGACUAAAAACCGGCGUGACCGCGCGCGCGCCGUGCCCUGUUCGCAGCUGUUCGUGUGGUGGAGCGGCGCGCGGCGCUACGGCAGCAGCGCGGGGGCGGAGCGGCUGUACCGCGACGCCGUGCAGCACACCGGAGGCGGCUUCUUCGACGCGGAGCGGCGCCGGCCCUCGCCCCCGGGCGACGGCGGCGACUACCAGCCUCUCGUGGGCGACUCUCAGGAGUACAUGCAGGUAAUACUGGCAGCGCGGGAAGGUCUCCAUGGCAGCAGCAGGACAGAGGUGUUAGUUGACAGUACCGUGGAGGAGCUGACCAUCAUUAUUCUGGGAUACGUCUCACAAGCUUCCUUACACCCGCCCUCAGGUGAGGUCAUCGAUCUGCUGGUGGUGCACGGCGGCGCGGCGGCGGAGGCAGCUGGCGACGGGGUGCUCGAACGCCGGCUCAAUACUCGCGGGGAGAGGCCCGGCCGGUGGCAACUUACGACGAGCGACGGCAGCGGCAGCACCGGCGCCGACGCCGCCGGCGCCGCCAACCCUGCCGACGACGGCUACGACGUCAUCGUCAAGGGCACCAGCGGCCUUCGCGUCGGCCUUCAGCGGCCCGGCCGCCCCGCCACGGAAGACACGGCGCUGGCCAGCAGCGGUGAUCUCGUUGUCACCAUCCACGGAGGACCUCGCACCAACGUUACUGGGCUUGUGCUUCUCGACCACAAAGGCAACGAACUGCGCAAAACGUUCUACAAACAGCGAACUCGCCGCGACCAGCACAACCGCGAAGUCAUCGAGCUGUCGCUGCCGCAGACGGCGCUCGAACCGGAGCAGCAACUCGUGCCUCACUACGUCCAAGUAAACGGUUAUAAUGGGUAUAAUGGAGGCUCAGGUGAGGCAUUCACAAGAAUUACACCUCAGAUUCCAACUACUGGAAGUCUUAUAGUCACAUUAAAUGCAGCAUCAAAUUUAACAAUACAGCCUGGGACACAGAGCCAAGUGUUCUUGGACAUUACCAACAACGGAAGUAGACCCUCAAGAAUAUACGUACAAGGGGUCAGUUCCCGUAACAUCAUUUACAGGGUGACUCCAACCAAUUUCCAAUUAAAUCCCAACCAAAGAAGAUCAGUUAGCUUCCAUUUAUAUGCACCCCCAAAUUUGGUUGGAGUAGGAGAAACUCUGAAAAUUCAAGUAUAUGGUGAUCUCACAGUUUCUGAAUUGUUUCUGGAAAUUAAUAUAGCGGACAGUAUUUAUGAAGCAAGAGAUACGAAUAGGCCUUCUUUGAAACAUAAAAUUCUUAAUGACUGUAGAGAAAUCCAAAGCUGCAGUUCUAGGCAAUGGACUAUGGAAGCCACAGUACAGGAUCAAGAUUCAGGUAUCCGUGAAAUUUCAUCAGUGCCACAUGGAGUAAUAUGGACUCCAAUGGUAAUUGGUACAAAACUACCCACCACCCUCAAAUACAAAGCGUCAUGCUGUGAAGAAUCUGUUGUCAUUACUGUUACUGAUUUACAAAACAACCAUGCAAGAUACACUGUUAAUGUUAAUGAUGAAUCAACUGGUCUAAGUCCUGGAGUUAUAGCUGGAAUUGUUGUAGGAGCAUUGAUUAUUCUCAUCAUUAUUAUAGUAAUAAUUGUGGUUGUCUGUAAAAAGAACAGGACAACUCACACAUUCCAGACACAACAAGUAGCUCGAUGAGGCAACUUUAAAUAACUAACUUUUAAUGAUGCAUCUCAUCCUCUACAGAGACUUAUUUAACUUUAAAAUAUUGUUCACUCACACCAAACUACACACCUCAUGUAAGCAGCUAGCUCAGGUAUAGGAUGCAUGCAAGGAAAUUAACUAAGAAGAAUAUUUAACACUGAACUUGUAAAUUUCAUGCAUUGUAUUUAUAUCAAUUGUAAUUAUUUUAAGAAGAAAAUAAACAUUUUUUUUUCAAUAAAAAACAACUAUGUUUUAUUUAUA